CCACAAAGCACCGCAGGAUGUUUGGUGAGCUGCAGUCUUGUAUGGGACGAGGAGAGAGCCAGUAGGAGGACCUUAAACUUGGCUGAGAAGAUAGGCGACAGCAAUGAAAUUGUUCUUCGACUGCCUCGGGAUUGAGGCUCUGAGAAGCAGAUAAAAACUUGUUGGCAUUCAAUGAAGGAUACUACUUCAUAAAAGAAAAAAAAGCUGUAGUAAGUUUUUACUUUCAUGUCAAUAGGCGGUUUAUUUUGGGUCCAUGGUUCUGGUGGUCUUUUCAAAAUCCAAUUUUGUAGGAAUGAGUGCGGCAAAACUGACAUUUUGCACCUUUCGCUAAAUUUCCUCCCAUCAAGAGCAUCAUUAUUACUUGCAGGAAGUGCUGAUGAUGUUCAACUUUAAGUCAUCUGAUACCAGCUGAGAAGACUUCUUCUCCUUUAAGAAACCUGGAAAAAUUCCACACCUACCAGGUGCUGACCUCUAGAAAAAUGAUCCCUGGAGCGAAUCCCAUUCCUAUUCUGGCGCUCUUCUAUCUCCUCCACUCCAGUGAGGAGACCUGCCCAUCCAUGUGUCUCUGCACAUCCGACACAGUGAGCUGCAGCUCCAGCGGUCUCACCAAGUUACCCAAGUUUCUGCCCAAGUUCUUUGUCACGCUGGAUCUCAACCACAACCAUAUAUCCUGGUUGGGUGCAGGUAGCUUCAGCAAGAUGUCCAGACUGGAGAACCUCCGGAUGGCCCACAACCAGAUGACCAGCUUGACGUACGGGCUGUUUCAAAAUGCCUCAAGUAUAAGAUAUCUGGACCUGUCCUCCAACAAGCUCCAAGUGGUGGAGCAGCACUACUUCCAGGGACUGUGGAGGAUGGAGGAGCUCCUGCUCUUCAACAAUAAAAUCACACAGGUGGAAGCUGGCACACUGAGCGGUCUGAGCAGUCUGAAAAAAGCCUACUUCAGCCUCAACCAGCUCACCAAUUUCCCCUUCUUCUCCAUCCAAGACCACAGCCACCCUUUUCUGACCAUGCUUGACCUCUCGUCCAAUCGUAUGACACAUCUGCCAUGGGAGGAUCUGAAAGCAUUGCCGAGUUUAGUGCAGCGGGGGCUCUUUCUCCAUAACAACUCUCUUAUUUGCGAUUGCUCCAUGUACAGCGUAUUCUGGCACUGGGAUCUUAGAGGGUACGACACGCUGAGGGAUUUCACGGAGGAGCACAUUUGCAGCAUCUACGGGGACCCCCGUGCCUCCAUCCAGUUCCUGCGACACACUCGCUUUUUCAACAACUGCACCGUGGAAGGAGCCGUCUCGCAGCCUGUAACUGUGCUCCUCUCUAAAGUGUUGGUUACAGAGGGACAAAGGGUCCGUCUGGAUUGCCAAACAUCCUUGAGCGGCGCCAAUCUCUCAUAUACUUGGCUUACCCCCAAACAGGGCAUCAUCACCCAGUACAACAUCAACGACACUCUAAUGAGCAUGUCUGCUAAUGGGACCUUGGAGAUGCAAGCAGCCAAGGUCAAUGACUCAGGCCUGUAUGUGUGUACGGCCGUGGAUGGUAUACAGGUACUGAAUGCAACCAGAGAAAUAAAUGUGACCGUGCUCUUGCCUGCAGCAGAGUCCUUCAACACAGGUUACACAACACUGCUUGGCUGUGUGGUGACCAUGAUCCUCAUCCUGGUGUACCUCUACCUAACACCGUGUCGAUGCAGCUGCUGUAAGCAGCCCAAACCUCCAGUCAUCCCGGUUGGGGCGUGUGACCCUGGCAACCUGACCUCGGUUUUCUCCCCCUGUACUGCAGAUCAGCACAAAAUCCACGGUAAUAAGCAUGUGGCGUUUAUGCAGCCCAUGUUGAGUGAGGAGGGACUCGAGUGGACGAGUGAAAGUUGAUGAUGGUCCGUUCUUCAUCGUUCACCCAAGUGUUGAGUUCUCUUGUCAGACAUCGGCUUUCUUUCCUGGAUGUCACCAACGGUUCAGAAUCACAAGAGGAUCUUUGCCUACAAAUGUGCUUUCAUCCUUUUACAUGGUCACAUAAGACCUUAGAACUCUAACCCUGACACUAACCCUCUAACCCUAACCCCUAACUUUAACUCUAACCCUAAUCCUCUAACCGUAACCAUCUAACCCUAACUGUAAGCCCUAGCCAUCUAACCCUAACCCCCUAACCCUACCCUAACCCCAACCCUAGCCCCUAACCCUAACCUGCUAACCCUAUCCCCUAACCUUAACACUAACCCUAAUCCCCUAACCGUAACCACCUAACUCUAACCCUAACCCCUAACCGUAACCCCUAACCAUCUAACCCUAACCCGCUAACCCCAUCCCCUAACCUGCUAACCCCAUCCCAUAACCCUAACCCCUAACUAUAACCCCUAACUCUAACCUUAACCCUCUAACCGUAACCAUCUAACCCUAACUCUAACCCUCUAGCUCUAUCCCCUACCCGUGACCCCUAACCAUCUAACCCGAACCCUAACCCUCUAAACCUAUCCCCUAACUGUCACUCUAACCCUAACUCCUAACUGAAACCAUCUAACCCUAACUCUAACCCAAACCCUCUAAACCUAUCCCCUAACCGUAACCAUCUAACCCUAACCCUCUAACCCGAUCCCCUAACUCCAACCCCUAACCAUGUAACCCUAAUUUCACAGUGUACUCUGCAUAUUAUUACUUCCUAAUUAUGAUUCUAUUAUUUAUUCAUUCAUUUUCUACCGCUUAUACUCACGAGGUCACGGACAUGCUGGAGCCUAUCCCAGCUGUCUUCGGGCAGGAGGCGGGGUACACCCUGGGCUGGUAUUAUGGUAUUAUAUUAUUGUUAAUCAUGCAUCCCAGCCAUUGAAUAUGGCUCCACAUAGAAACAUGAGCCAGAAUAUUAAAGAGUGGUCAUUACUUUGUAUAGAUUUCCCUUCAUAGACGCACACAGCAACAGAGGAGAUAAAAGACAUGAUAGCUUAUGUGAGAACUCCAUGAACAGAACACCAGAGUGCUGCAUGAAAACAUGAAUCAAUGACAUGAAAGCUCAAGGAGGGUCCAAUUGUCCGGAAUCACAAUCAAAAGAAACAAAUCAAUUCUUUUAGUCCAAGCCUCUAUAAUGUUUUUAUCCUUUGGUUUAAUCUUAGAGCAAACACUUGAUCAGGGAUCAAUGAGAUUAGAUGUAAUCCUUGCUAUAUGUCAAAGAGGAGGCAUGAGGCUCAUGGAAGAAAAUAUUGCGGCAUAGAAGAAUCAUCCUGAAACCUUAGUUAAAACUGCCCUUGUUUCCUGUUUAUGUUGUUCAUGUGAAAAAUUCAUAAAUUAAAAGAAAUGACUUAAAGGGAAACUGCACUUUUUUGGGAGGAAUUUUGCCCCUCAUUCACAAUAUUUAAUAUUAUUUCCCUUUUCUGUGCAUUACAACACGAGAAAACUAGUUAAUUUCAGCUAGCUUACAAUGCUGUCAUUGGGAUACACCUAUUUUGGCUAUGACCCCCCCCCCCCAAAAAAAACUAA